AUGGCCGCUUCAUUCGGUUCUCUUGGGGUGGUUGAGCAACCCGUUGGUGGACGGGAAGAUGUCACGAGCGGUUUGAGGGUCAAGGGGUCACAAGUCAGCGUGAAUCAGCUUGCAGACGACUCUGAUCUAACUCAGAACGAAAAAGUCCUCCUUCGCAUGAACGUGACGAGGCACAAGUACAGAAGAUGGGGGAAGUACGGCCUCGCAGCAAUAUUCCUGGCGGGAGGUAUGCUGUCAAGUGCAUUUAUUGGCUUUGUAAUGCGCCACGGAUCUGAUGCCCUGUCAAGAAAGGCCUUAUACGAUAGCUGGGGGAUAGCAUCCCGCCAGGAUUCGGCGUGGGAGUCUCCAACUCCGCAGCAGAUGGAUGACCGGCUAGACAAACUGGGCAUGCUGGGCAAAGAGCUCACCGCGGUUGUUGCUAGCCGCACGGAGUAUGACAAUCGGCCUGUGCCACAGCCUAAGGGUAGAGAGGCAAUGGAGGCCCUGGCGAUGCAUGUUUCUGGCGGCAAGACAAGCAAUCUAAUCGGCCAGACGGUGUAUGUGAAGGACGUGCAAAUACUAGGUUCCGAUACGAUUGGGAGGUCCCCUAUUCCCUUGAAAGUUACCCGUUACCUGAGUGAAACCGAUUCUACAGUGACCUUGGAGGUUACCGAUGUGAACACGGGGAAACUAUUAGCACUGAACCUGAACGUCCGCGACGUUCAACCGAACAACCCAGCGUCUGGCUGCGCAGCCAACUUGCUGGGUUCUCUACGGGUCAUGCAGGAGACAACGGCUAUCUUGCAGGCUGCGGGCUCCACUCCACUGGAGAAAGCAACUGCUGAGAGGGCAUUGGAUGUAAUUGCUGGUGUUGGCACUUUGGAGGGGCUUCCCCCUGUGCUGGACUCCACGCACGUGCACCUGCUGAACACAGUGCACAUCAGCGAGAGGCUCCGCGGGAGGUUGGCGGAUAUUUUCAUCCCUGAGAACAGAAUGCCGGAUAAUGCGAAGGAGUACGCGGCAAAGCGGAUAUUGCUGGCGGUGCUGCAGCUGCAGCGCGCUGGCUUCAGCCACAACAGACUGCACCUGGGGAACUUCCGCGUGAGGUUUGACGGGUCCUGCCUCUUGACUGGAUUUGGGGCCGGGACUUUGAUCGGAGAGGCACUUGACAGAGUGGAAACUGUUGACCCGCGCUAUGCCGAGAGGGAACUGGGCGCUGCAGCAACGCGCAAGAGCAGCCUUGGGGCCUCGCAUCCUGUUGUCGAUGCCAAGACCGACUUGUGGGGACUGGGCAUCACCCUCUACCAGCUCUUCACCGAUGGGGAGCUGCCCUAUGGCCUGCGGGAUUCAGCGUCACCUGUGAAGACGCUGAACAGCCUUGCAGCUCAGGGGGUGCGGGCGUCGAGCUUGGAAAAGUCGCUGAGAAUGGCGAAGGUGCCAGUAGAGUGGCAGCCGUUGAUUAUGGAUCUGCUUGAGCUGGAGAGGAAAGACAGGAUCGACAUCGUGGGGCUCCUUUCAAAGUAUAGCGUCCUGAUCUAUUCGUGA